AUGUCGUCCUCAGGGUCAUCAUCAUCUGCAACUCCAGGCAAUUUAGCAAGCAAUGAUGUCCUGGAUAGCACUGGGUACUGCCUGUUGUCCUUGGACGGCGGUGGUGUACGUGGUCUUGCGACUCUCUACAUUCUUCAGAGAACCAUGAAAGAGCUGAAUUUCAGGCGAAGAGAUAAAGGAUUGGGACCGAAAAAGCCCUGCGAGAUCUUCGACUUGAUGGGCGGUACAAGUACGGGAGGAUUAAUCGCCAUCAUGUUAGGCAGACUGCGCAUGUCAGUCGAGGAUUGCAUCAUAGCAUAUGUCAAGCUCAUGAGGCGAAUAUUCGAAAGGAAAGAGAAUCGGAGCAUCAUGAGUGCUUUAGGGCGCGUGAAGCCGCGCUUCUCUGCGCAAGCACUUUCGGAAGCCAUCGUCGAGGUGCUACGUGCUAGCGGACACUCUCCGAGUGAAAGCUUUGAAGAACCCGGCGAUCCGACAUGUAAAGUCUACGCACAGCAGCUGAUCCGAUUGUUCGCAAAGCUUCGUAUGUGCGCGUUUUCAGAAGACGAAUACGACAACCCGCCUGCGCAGCUACGCGACAGCUCGAAGUGA